UUCAGUUGGAAGCAGCUUGGUCCCUAACAAACAUUGCGUCGGGAAGUUCGGAACAAACGCGUACAGUGGUGGAGGCGGGGGCUGUUCCCCUGUUUGUGCAGUUGGUGCUCUCAGGCUCUCCCAAGCUGAUUGAUCAGGCUACUUGGGCUCUGGGAAAUAUAGCCGGAGAUGGAGCGGAGUGCAGAGAUCUGGUUAUCGAAUGCGGAGGUGUGCAAGCCAUUAUGAAGACCAUUGCACCGAAGACAUGUGAGCUCGGUGUGUUGAAGAACGCCAUGUGGGCCAUGUCCAAUCUGUGCAGGGGGAAGAAUCCCCAACCAGACUUCUCCCAGGUGAAGGCCUUUCUCCCGGCUGUGGCUGUGUGGCUGCGCAUUACGCAAGAUGUGGAGAUCAUCACAGACGCGCUAUGGACGUUGUCGUAUCUGUCCGAUGGCGCGGGCGAUCACAUUGAGGAGGUGCUGGUCUCUGGCGUAUCGCUCAAGCUGGUUGAAUUGAUGAUGCAUCCAUUGGUGAGUGUAGUGGUGCCCUGUCUUCGUACCAUUGGGAACAUCACCACCGGCACUCACACGGAGACUCAGGUGGUUAUCAAUGCCGGAUGUGUGCCUGUUCUUCUGCACGUCCUGUCCUCGACCGAGGCGAAGUUGCGGAAAGAGGCUUGUUGGGCUAUAUCGAAUAUUACGGCGGGAACUGUAGAGCAGAUUGAGGUCGUACUGUCCAACGGACUGAUGCGGCCGUUGGUGCACAUUGCACACAAUGACGAGUACCGUGUGAGUGAGGAGGCCAUGUGGGCCAUCACCAACGCCUGCUGUGGCGGAUCACCAUCGCAAAUCAGGAUUGUCGUGGAUGAAGGCGGCCUUAAGCAGAUGUGCCAAUUCUUGAGCAAGGACGGGGCUGUGGCAUCGGUAUUGGUGGUGGUCAUGGACGCCAUAUAUGCAACACUGAAGUCGGCGGAGAACGAGCGCGUGCUGCUUAUGUAUACAGAGAUCAUUGAAGAAGAGGAUGGCAUCGACAGGAUGGAUGCUUUACAGCACCACAGCAGUGAAAAAGUAUACCAAAUAGCCAACAGAAUAAUUAGUGAGUACUUCUCAGCCAACGAUGACAAUUUAGAAUUGAUGGAACCAGAAGUGGGUGCGGACGGCCAGUUGUCGUUCAACGCUCCAGCAAAGGGUAGCAACUUUAACUUCUGAGAACGGCUGAGCGUCGCAAUUUAGUACGGAAAUGGCCACUACCAAGAGUAUUGAGCGGACUCGAAAUCAACCGUUCGUGGUGGGUGCAGAGACAACUGUGUCCACCAAAGCACAGACUCUCAAACUCAUGACCUCGGAAGCAUCUCACAAUAAAGCAAGC